GCGCGAAUUUCACCCAGGGCCAGGGUGAAAAUGCACCACGGCAAGGGAGUGUCAGGAGGCGGUCGCCUCAGCCGUCAAAAUCCGAACAUGCAGCCACCGGAAAAUGGGAUUUGCGAUAAAAUCGAGAAUUACAUAUCCGAGCUCGGAAAGUGGUCAGUAUGGAAGACCAUAAUAUUGGGUCAAUUUCUGUCCGUCGUACUGUGCUUCAUGACGAUUUUCAACCACCACAUCAACACCGAAUAUCACCUCGCCUUGCCAACAGGUCAAAAUUUGCCGCAUUACGCCAUGAUGUGCAUCGUUUACACGACGUGGAUGUCCUGCAGAGGGGUUGGCAACGGUUUAAUAUCCGUGACCAGGGCCAGAGGAUGGCGUUAUCUUUUACUCGCACUGAUCGACGUUGAAGCAAAAACCUUAGUCACGGCCUCUCAUCAGUUCACAAGCCUCGCCAGUAUACAACUCUUAUUGUUGGACUGCGUGGCAAUUCCAGUUGCUCUAGCUCUCUCCUGCCUGGUUCUUGGAGUCAGAUACAGAAUGGUUCACAUCAUCGGAGUCUCGGUUUGCCUGAUGGCUAUCGGAAGCCUAGUUUGGGCGGACAUCGAGGACGAUAAGGACCCAACAGCUAUGACCGGGAAAAAUCAACUCGUUGGUGACAUGCUGUGUCUUGGUGGUGCGAUUUUGUUCUCCGUGAUAACGGUCCUCCAGGAACUCGCUGUAAAGACCGUCGACAUCAUAGAGUAUCUGGGAAUGAUCGGAUUUUUCGGCACGAUUAUCAGCUGCAUGCAAGUGGGGGUUCUGGAACGGCUACAACUGGAAUCAUUCUGCUGGGACAACGCUCCUGUAAUAACGUUCCUGGUCCUCUACUGCAUCACUCAGUUUGUAUUUUACUCUCUUGUUCCUGUGAUCCUUUUCGAGUCAGGAGCGACUGCUCUUCAGCUCGCACUUCUGACUGCUGAUUUCUUCAAUAUUCUAUUCGGGAUGUUGACGAACCAGUACAAGUUUCACACGCUCUAUUUCGUUUCUUACACCUUGACGAUGAGUGGCAUAUAUAUAUACGCGAUUCAACGUACACCGAUUUCGUCAAGUUCAAGAAGACAGCAAGUCGAACAACCGGCUCCAGACUACAGACACAUGUCGCAUCCCGACGUUGGUGAAGUUGAAAUGGCAACGAGUUCAGGAAUGUCGGCUGUCAGCGGUACCCUCGAUUUACGCGCCUCGACGUUGAGCAGCGAACGAGAAGCAAUCAUCGACGCCACGAGUCUUCCUUUGAGCGUCAGCUCUGACACGGCCUUUACUUCAUUUUACGGCAGUCAAGUGAACCUGAAGACGAUAACAACGAACGGUGGUGGUGCGGCAUGUUAAUAAUAAUUAUAUCAAUUAACAAAAUAAGACAAUUUUAACACCGUAUUAUAGGUAUAUAGUUAAUUCGAAAUCCAUUAUUCAAACGCAAGAAUUCACGCACAUACAUUAAUUAAUAUUGUAUACACACGUCGACUU